UGGAUGUCUGGGCGGUGACACACCUGUGAGUUAACCUGUGUGGGAGGAGCUGCCGGAGUCAAACAAUGUGCUGACGUGAGUGUGUGUUUGAGAGGAACCAAAGGGAGAGGAGAGAGCGAGUGGGAGCCACAGGGUGAGGAACACAGACCAAGAAGAAGCAAGGAGAGAGAGAAAGGAGAAAACGUUUUCUCUGUGCCUGACCCACCAUGACCUCCAGGAUGUUUAAGAAAAAGGAAUCUAAGGACAGUUUGCUCAAGAGCAGCAAUAUGCAGACCAGCAGCUUGGCCUUGCUGAUCGCUCAGAUGCAAAAGAAUGCCGACACAGUGGAGAAAGACAUCCUCCGGGCCGAAGAGCUGCUGGUUAUGGACUUUGAAAAUGACAAGAAGGAGCAGCCCUUUCAGCACCAGGCGGUGAUUUCAGAGAAGCUGGGCGAGGCGGAGGGCCUGCUGCAGGAUCUGUUCCUCGACGUCGACAAAGCCAAGAAGUCCAAAUACCCGCAUGCCACAGAGAUAGAGAGCGACGUCCUAUUGCUCCACGAGCGCUGGUUGAAGGACUGCACUUUCUACCGUGAGAUCUUUGAGCAGGUGGACGACGUGUCGCUGAUGCCAAGAAUUGACUGGGAGCCUGUUUUAAACCAGAAACAAAAACUAGUGAACGCGGAGGAGUACGGCCCCACCAUGGCGGACCUGGAGAAGCAGGUCGCUGCUCACAACAUCCUGCACAAAGAGGUGGAGGCCUACAGCUCACAGCUCUGCAUCAGCUCUGCAGGCAGCAAGGAGAAAUAUACCGUCCUGAAAAGGCAAUACAACAAUCUACUGGACAACUCCAAGUGGCGUCACCACUACCUGAACAGCCUGUAUCAGUACAUGCACAGCUGUAACAAGGAGCUGGGGUUCCUGGAAGAAGAGCAAGAUAAGAUCAAGAAGCAGGACUGGAGCGACCGCAUGGUUGACCCGCCUGACGUCCGCAGGCAGUAUGAGAACUUUAAGAACAACAGCCUGCUGUCCCACGAGAGCGAUGUGAACAAACUUCAGGACGAAGGAGAAAGACUUGUUGUAUUGAAGCACCCUGCCAGUGACACAAUCCAGGCUCAGAGAGAUGCUGUUCGAAACGAGUGGCAGAAAUUCCUCAACCUCUGCAUUUGUCAAGAGACACACUUGGACAGUCUGGAGGAAUACAAAAAGUACCAAAUGGAGACUGAGCAGCUGUCGGAGACGCUGACCAAACUCAACAACAACCUGGACCCCAAGGCCAUCAGCAAGAAGAGCAACUCAGAGACGCUGCUACAGCUGGAGGCGGAGGAGAAUGCUGUUCAGAACAGCGAACAGCUGCUGGCCGACCUUAGGAGAAGCAGCACCACCAUUGCUCCUCUGAAGCUGCGACGCAACGCCCCCACCCGGCCCAUCACAGUGGAGUCCCUGUGUGACUGGGAGACAGAUAAGGAUUCCCUGGAAAAAGGCAAUAAGUUCACCCUGAGAUCCAACUCAGACGACAACUGGGACGUCACCUCCACGGACGGGGCAACAAAAACCUUCCCAGGAGUUUGCUUCCAGAUCCCCCCACCUGAUCCAGAGGCCAUUGACAAAGUGGACCUGUUGGGUAGUGAUCUGGCAGACAUCAAGAAGAGAAGAGCUGCUCUGGCUGCGUCGCUGAAGAAUCACAAGUCAGAUUUCUCAAGGUCCCAACUAUCAGCCCCAGUGUCUUCUGCCCCACUGGAUCCCAAAGUGAAGGCUCUGUCUCAGCAGCUGGACAAGCUGGACGGUGACCUGGCUAGCGCUGAGGAGAGCAUGCUGAGCCGCCUGCGAACCCCGCUGAACCGCAGCGACCCGGCCGGAGAUCUGGCUAAGAGGCUGAGGGAACAGGAGGAAGCUGCCCGGGCUCUGAAGUCUCUGGAGCAGCAGAAGCUGGCAGCUCAGGCGGACAUGCAGCCGCUGCUCUCCAAAGACCCCAGCUCCUCUCAGCUGCCACUCAAACUGAGUGGUGCAAACAACAAGUUCGACAGCAUGUCAGCACUUGCUGACCUCUACACCAAGAAAGCAAAUGCGUCUCUUAACCUGGAGGGCCAGAUUAAGAAGGUGGACAGCCUCAUCUCUGGGUUUGAGAAAAAUCUGAGUAAUGAUAAUCCAAUCCCGGACGUGCCGAAUGCAAUCCAAGCCCGCGCUGAUGACAUCCAGUACCAGCGCAGGUCUGUGGCAGCGGCUCAGGACGACAUGAAGAAGCUGAGUCAGGAUCUGGACACCACAGAGCAGCUGUGCAGCUCUCUGCAGCAGGGAUACCAAGAGUACUGCCCGGACAUCCGCAGCCAGAGAUCAGAGGUCAAGCAGCUGCAGACACGUUACGGGAAUGUGGCCAACCAGCUGAAGGAGAGAGAAAACCUCUUACAAGAAGCUUCAACCAAGAACCAGGAGUUCCAGAGCACAUCCAAAUCCCUGAAGUCCUUCCUGGACAACCUGCCGCAAAACAAGGUCGACUUCAAAGAUGAUCUGUCGCAGGUCGCUGCCAAGCAGAGCUCCCAAGAGAGGGUGGUGGAUGACUUGAAGAGGAAGGGAGAUGACAUUGACAGAGUGUCUGACCUGUCUCAAGACCUGCAGGGUCUACUCAAUGAAUACGAGACCAAUGUUGACAAAUACAACAGUACACUCGAGGAUGCUGGCGCCACUGUGGCCAAGAAACCUCGUAUAAUCACUCUGGCUGAUUCUGUUCAGAAAGAGGAAAGGGAUCUGGUCAACUGUUACGCUGAAGCAACAGCUGAAAAUACCCAGCGCCAAAAACAGAUGGGUUUGACUAAGAAUCUUAUUUUACAAAAUGAAGACAAAGUCCAAAUGGUGUCACAGCAACACGUGCAGCUUGAAAGCCAGCAAAGGAGUUCUUUUGAGCUCAGCAGUCUGAUGAAGGACCUGGACGAAGAGAGAGAUAGGACAACUCGUACCGAGACAGAGCUGAGAACCUAUAAAGAGAGGAUGAUGUCGCUGAAGAGUCGCAGAGGAGUGCAGCGUCUUGAAGAGAUAGAAGUACUGCAGUACUAUCGCGACCCAAAACUGGAGAGUGAUUUGGUCGAUCUGCAGAAAACCUUGCAUGAAGAGUCCCUCAGGCGUAGCACCACCCACAAUGAGGUUGAGAUAUUGAACAAGAAAAUCACCAUCCUUGAGGAAACACUCAAAGGUACUAAACCAAAACUGUUGACCAGAGAGGUGACCGAGUUUGAGAGAGAUCCUCAGCUGGACGUGGAGGCCACUAAGACUAGAGAUGAGAUAGCCAGGAUGAGAGAUGAAAUUCGAGUAAGAGAUGGGGAACAUGUUCAGAUGAGCACAGAAGUGACGAUUCUCCAGCAGAAGAGACCAACCAUCAAAGAGAGGAUAGUUAAGAAGGAAGUGGUGAAAGUGGAACAGGACCCACAGAUGUUGAGAUCAGUGCGGACAUUUGAGACGGAAAUUUCUGAUGAGGACAAGAGUACCAAGCGCAUCAAUGAUGAAAUCUUCCAGACAAGGAGCCAGAUUAAUGCUCUUGAGAGGCUGAUUCCUAACAUCCAGCCUAAGAUCAUCACCAAGGAAGUGAAAAGGAUUGAACAAGACCCAGAGCUCAUCAAUGAAUCUAAGAGGGUUCAAACAAGCAUUGAGGAACAAAGGAUUGAAAACAAUUCUUUGUCCAAAGAGCUUUUGGAGCUCCAGACUCGCUACCGAGAUGUUCAAGGCUGGAGGCCAAAAGUCGAGGUGAAGGAAAUCGUCAAUGAGAUCUACCGUAUAGACCCGAGCACAGAGGUGGAGAUAAUGCGGCUCAGGAAAGACAUACAAGACUCCACCAAGCAGCGCUCUGACAUGGAAAGAGAAAUCACCACGGUCACGACUAAUGUGUACACCCUUCGCUCUGAGAAGCCCAAGGUGGAGAUGAAGGAAGUCCUUCAAGAGGUGGUUAGGGAGGAAAGAAGUCCUGAAAAUGAGAAAGAGAUUCAGAGGCUAACUGAUCAGGUGAACUAUUUGGAGAACACCUCCAACUCCCUCGAGGACCAGGUGAGACUCCACAGGAAGGAAAGGGAUGAAUGGAAAACUGAGAAGUCCAAGAUAGAGACAAAAGUGGUCACCAGAGAAGUCAUCAAGUAUGAACCUGAUCCUCUGUUGGAGAAAGAAGCUGACCGGCUAAGAAGAGCUGGGCGGGAGGAGGCACAGCUGCGGCGCAACACUGAAGAGAUGGUGUUUGAUCUGCAGAAUAAGUACAUCCUGUUGGAGAGACAAAAGCCUGAGGAGAAGGUAGUUAUGCAUGAGGUUGUACGUUUACAGAAGGACCCAAGGCAGAUGCUCGAGCAUGAUCGGCUCAGCAGGAGCCUGGAUGACGAAGUAAUGACCCGCCGCCAGGUUAACCUCGAGAUGCAGCAGCUGACGACCAAGGUGGAAGAGUUACAGAGGAUCCUCAGAGAGAGUGAUGAGCACCAAAAGAGGGUUCAAGCUGAGUUUGAACUCAGAGAGAUCCGACUGUGCAUCACACAUCUUGAAAAUGCCCCCCCUCCCGUUGAGGAAUGUAUUGUUGUUGAGGAAAUACUGAAGGUUGAAAGAGACCCAAAACUGGAGAGGAUGACAAACGGUGUUCGGUCAGACACGGAUAAGCAAACCAGCGAUAUUCUGCGCAUCCAGAGAGACAUCCGUAACAUCACUCAUAAGCUAGAAAUCCUGCAGAGGGAAAAGUCUGGUGAGAAGACAGUGUACAAAGAGAUUAUCCGUGUUGAGAAAGACCAGGCAGUUGAAUCCGAGAGGAAUCACCUGAGGGAACAGAUGUCUCAGCAAAGAUUUGCCAGACAAGACCUUGAAGAGGAAAUCAGACGUCUCAACGCUAAAAUCAACCUUCUGAUGAGCGGAAAAUCAAGCUCUUCAAUAGAGGAAUCCACUCUUGUUUCGAACAAAGAUGUCUUUCAAAGUGAGAAAGAAAACCUCACUCGGGAACUCAGGACCCUCGAAGCCUCAAGACAUGACAUCAGCUUGUCUUUCCAGCAGCAAAGCAGGCUAAUUAGUGAAAGAUCACAGAUGGGAAGGCAGAAGAGCCUUAAGAUGGAUUCUGAUGCUCAACGUCUGGAGAGGGAGAUCCUGGAAGAAAAAGACAGAAUCCAUCAGCGAGACAGCAUGAUGCGGGAGCUCCUGACGAACGUGCAGAAAGAGGAACAAGCAGAGACAAGGACCAAAGAGACCAAUGUGUCUACCAAAAUCACCAUUCUAGAUCCAGAUACAGGCAAAGACAUGUCCCCUUAUGACGCCUACAUGCAGGGCCUGAUUGAUCGUCAACAGUACAUAAACCUGCAGGAACUGGAGUGUGACUGGGAGGAGGUUACUUCCCUGGGACCUGAUGGGGAGACAUCUGUACUCCAAGAUCGCAAAAGUGGAAAGCAGUACCCAAUCAAAGAUGCCCUGAAGGAAGGCCGCCUGACAGAGUAUGAUCUACAACAGUAUAAAAAAGGCAAGAUGCCCAUCUCAGAGUUUGCCUUGCUGGUUGCGGGUGAUAACAAUAAGCCACCCCAGUUCAACUCAAUCACCCACACAACCUCCACAACAGUGAAUUCAGCCCCCCGGGACCUCUCCACCGCUAAAGAAAUCUACCCAGUUGCUGGAGUAAUAGACACAAACACUGACACCUGCUUUACAAUUCGCAGCGCCACCUUGCGUAAACUGAUCGACUCCGGAACCGCCCACAAACUUCUGGAGGCACAGGCAUCAACAGGGGGCAUCAUCGACAUAAGCAACAAUCAGAGAUACACAGUUCAGAAGGCAACAUCAAGAGGCCUCAUUGAGGACAGUCAAGUCCAGAGGCUACUCAAUGCACAAAAGGCCUUCACUGGUGUUGAAGACCCCAUGACCAGAGAGGUUUUGUCCGUGGGAGAAGCUGUACAGAAAGGCUGGAUGCCCAAGGACACGGCCAUCCGCUACAUGGAGGCACAGCACCUGACGGGUGGGCUGGUCAAUCCCACUACCGGCAGCAGAAUGAGCCUCUUUGAUGCCAUUGGGUCCAAAAUGAUCGACAGCACAAUGAUGAGGGAGCUGCAGGCUGAGACGACAUACCACAAGGAUAUUGUAGACCCAAUCACAAAGAAGAAGAUCAACUACAAACAAGCUCUGGAUAGCUGUAAGAAAGACCCCGUCUCAGGCCUACCAAUGCUGUCUGCCUCCUCUAAAGAUUCUGGUGACAACUCUACUAGAUAUGCAAGAUUCUAGAUGUGUUUACAACAGAGUUGGAGUUAUCUGAUCUGUGGAGUGAUGUGAUAAAAAAAUCUGCUAUUAGAUAUUAUAAUUACAAUGUACAUUUUGACUCAGGAAAAGUCUUUUAAUGCAAUGCUUUCUCCCUAGCCAAAAUGCUUGCUAAUAUCUUUGAUAUUAUUGUGUUAUGAGGGAUAAUGGGACAUGGUGCAAUGCUAAUUAUAAAGAUUGAUUUGAUUCUGUAUUACUCAUUGGUUAUCCUUGACAUUGUUGACUUUAAACUCAAUCUUUAUGAAGAAACAAAUAUCAAUAAAUUAAAUUAUAAUUGUUAAGAAGCAUGGAC